AUGCUAUUAACAACGACACAGUGUGAAUUAACAAAAUUAAUUAUCACCCGACAAAAACAUAUGGAAGCAUUACAAGCACGAAGAGGAAGUCGACCAUCAGUGUCCACAAGUGACCAAUUGCUUGGGAAUGAUUCAACAACUCCUCAACGUCGUACAAGCGGUUUGGUGGUUCCCGAGGGGAAACCAACAUUCUCGAAACCGUUAGAAGAUCUUAUGAUUCAUGAAGAUGAUGCAAUAACACUCGAAUGCAUCGUCUCCGGAAAUCCCAUACCCGAUUUAACAUGGUUUUUUCAAGAACGUAAAGUCAUUCCAAGUGACGUAUACACAAAAAAAGCCGAACAAUUAAAUCCACAUACAGUUCGUCAUUUUCUUAUUAUUGGUGCUAAACAUAAAAAAUUAGGGAUAUACAAAGCACAAGCACAGAAUCAAUUUGGCUAUACGGUGAGCACUUGCCAAUUGAAAAAGUCAGCAGAAAAAAUAAAUAGUCGAUUAGCGGCUUUCGAAGAAACUGAGCAACAACAUCAACAACCAAUUCGUCGAUCAAGUAUAACACCUCAACCAGAGCAACAACAAUCAGUUCGUCGAUUAAGUAUAACACCUCAGCCAGAGCAACAACAGCAAAUACCGGUGAUACUUCAACCAUUAAAAUCAUUCCAAUCAGAUUUCGAUCAACCGAGUUCAUUGACAUGCAAAUCGUUACACGAUACACAUGUACAAUGGUUGAAAGAUGGAAAAGUGAUUAAUCAACAACAAGAUGCAAAUUUAAUAAUAAAAAGUGAACAAAAAUCAGAUGGAAAUAUUCAUGUUUUAAAUAUUAAGCAAUUUAAACAAGAAAAUAUUGGCACAUAUGAAAUUGUUGUCACUAAUCAAACAGGAAAAGUCAAUUCACAAUGUCAGUUAACAGCAAAAGGCGCUCCACCUACAUUUACUGUAGAACCAAAAGCAUGUAAUGUUGUUAAAGGAAAAAUGGCUGAAUUUACAUGCCGUGUGGCAGGUAGUCCAAAGCCAGACGUUGUAUGGUAUUUAAAUGGUCAACAGUUAAAAACUGGUGGCAAAAUUUCAGCGUUGGAAGAACGUGGUUUGCAUUUAUUACGAAUAAAUAAUGUUGUAGAGAGCGACUGUGGCACAAUCAAAUGUACUGCAAAAAAUGGAGUAUCCGAAAUUUUUAGAGAACCCUGGCAGAGUGAAACAAGCCUUCCAAAAAUUAUUGAAAAGUCUCAAUCACGUGAAGCAAAUGUUAAUGAGACUGUUGAAUUUAAAGUUAAAGUUAGCGGAGCACCACCGCCCACAGUUACUUGGGUUAGAAAGGGUUUGGUAUUGACUGCCAAUGAUUUAUACAAUUUACGUACUGAAAAUGAUAUUCAUUAUUUAACAAUCAAAAAAGUCGUAGCUGAAGUUAUUGGAACCUAUACAGCCAUUGUUUCAAAUACUCAAGGAAAAGUGUCAUGCGAUAUUGAAUUAACUGUUGCUGGUUUAAGUAGUAUAUUUGUACGUCCGUUACGUGAUACAUCUGUGACACAAGGAAAAGUGUUGACACUCGAUUGCGAAUUGGAUAUCAAAAAAGGCGUCCCGACCGUUGUUUGGAUGAAAGAUAACCAUCCAUUGACAAAAACAGAUCGUAUUGUGGCUGCAGUGAAAGGAAAUAAAGUUCAUGUGUUAACAAUUCAAAAAGUGACACCGGCCGAUGCCGGAUAUUAUAGUAUUAAAGCAAAUUUAGGCAAUGACACUUCAGUGUCUGAUGCACAAGUGAAGAUUGAAGUUCCACCAUCGUUUGUUCAAAAACCUGAUGUUGUGACUGUUGUCGAUGGUCAGGAUGUUGAAAUAAACGUCGAAGUAGCUGGCUUACCUCCACCACUCGUCACAUGGUCUCACUUAGCUGUAGAUAUUCAAUCAAAUAACAAGUUCAAAAUUAGUUCACCACAAGAAAACCGACAUCAAUUACGUAUUAAUCAUGCUACUGCAGCUGAUGCUGGCGAUUAUGAUAUUGUUUGUGUAACUAAUUUGGGUCGUAUUAGUGGAAAAAUUAGCGUGCGAAUAUCAUCACCUCCCGUAAUUAUUCAACCGUUGAAAGAUUUACUUAUUCCAUUGAAGCGAACAGCUCGUCUUGAAACAGAAAUUCAAGCAUUUCCCGAGCCAAAAAUUGUCUGGUCAAAAGAUGCACAACCAAUUGCAUUUGAUCAACGUGUUUAUGCUGAAGAACGACGAGGUGUUUAUACGCUGGUAUUGAAAAAUAUUCAAGCAGAUGAUCAAGGUUUCUAUGUAUGUUCGGCUAAAAAUCAAUUGGGAAAUACAAAAACAUCAUCACAACUAACUGUUGAAGUUGCUCCAAUAUUUUUACAAAAAUUUGAAAAAUUAGAGGGCGUAGAAAAUUGCGAUAUCGAUAUUCGUGUACAAGUGGCCGGAUAUCCCAAACCAAAAUUAGAGUUUUCGUUUAAUGGUAGACCUUUCGACAUAAAAGGACGUUAUAUAUUGAAAGAAUUGAAAGAUGGCUGGUAUGUGUUUACUAUAACGUCAGCAAAAACAGUUGAUGCCGGUUCAUAUUCUUGCACAGCAACAAACUCACUUGGACAAGCAUCAUGUGCCGGAAAAUUGACACUUUAUCCAUUAUCGCCACCGAAUUUUACCAAGGAUUUGACAGAUGCUGUGUUUCCUGUUGGCGGUCUGCUUAAAACUUCUCUUAAAGUUAGUGGUUUACCCUUGCCUCGUCUAACGUGGUUAAAAGACAAUAAAGUAUUCGACGAAAACGAUCGAAUUAGCAUCGUCUUCGACGCACGCACAACAUCGUGGACUUUAACCAUUCGCGAUGCUCAAGAGACCGAUACUGGUGUCUAUGAAUGUCGGGCUAAAAACCCAGGUGGUGAAAAAUCAACAAAAGCCACGUUAACCGUUAAAGGAGAAGAAGCAGCAUUUGUUGAUACACCAGAAAAAAUUUCUUGUCUCGAAGGUCAAACAGCCGUAUUUGGCUGUCGUAUAUCUGGUGAUCCGUAUCCGAUGGUAAACUGGUCUAAAGGCAAAACAAAGUCAUUUGCGAGUAAUCAAAAAUAUUACUUGUACUACGACGAUGAAUUUGAUGCUCACUUUUUUGAAAUAUCAAAUUGUACAAAAGAAGAUACGGGCACGUAUACAGUAACAGUACAUAAUGUUCAUAAUACAAUUAUGAAACCAGUAACAUGUUUUAUUACCAAUAAUCCUGCAGAAGUUAUCGAUUACAAGAGUGUUCUAAAAAAAACUGAACAACAAAUGCGUCAAAUUGAAGGUGGUCCCGACUGGGGUAAACUAAAGAAGGGCAAAGGCAUUAAAAGAGAAGGUGAUCCAGGAUGGCAAUAUACAUUAAAACAUUUUGAACAGACUGGUGAUGCACAGCUCAAACAAUAUGACCAAGCAAAAGCGGGUGAUCUAUUAGGUCUAGGUCCAUCGGACAUGCGUGGCCGUCGUUCUCGUUCUGGAACGGAUGCUAGCGAUGGUGCCCAAGGCGAUGAUGGUCGAAUGUUAGGUCCUUCGAAAUUAGGCACUGGAAAAGAUCGUCGACCAAGCCGACUGGGAAUGGUCAUAUUUACAAAACCAUUGCAAAAUGUAACUGUAUUCGAAGGAAAGAAUGCGGCAUUUGAGUGUAACGUAUCAGAAGAUGCUGCGCCUGUCACAUGGUACAUGAACGACAAACCCAUACCACCAACAAAAGGUCAAGUAUUAUCAAUUGGAAAAACAAGACGUCUUGUAUUGAAAGAUUGUCAGCUAAAUGAAAAUGAUGCCGGAAUUACAUGUGAAUUAGAUCAAGCAACAAAAUCAGCAGCAAAAUUGUUUGUUAAAGAGGAACCAUUUGAUUUUACGGAUAAAUUGAAAAAUGUUAAAGUUAAACGUGGCGAUAAACUUGAAUUACAAUGUUCAGUGAAUAAACCAAAUGUCAAAUUAGAAUGGCUCAAAGAUGGAAAACCAUUGGACAUCAAAGAACCCGUGAAAUAUGUUGUCGACGGUUUAGUUCAUAAAUUAAUUAUUCCGAAAUCAGAAGAUAAGGAUAAGGGUGUAUACACCGCACGUUUCGCUGAGCAGCAAACAGAGGGACACGUCGAAGUUUUAGGUCCACCUCAAAUUAUCAAACCACCAACUGAUGCUAUGUUACCUGUCACACAAAGUGUCACUCUCACGGCCGAAAUUAUUGGUUUGCCGAAACCAACUGUCACUUGGUUUUACAAAGGAAAUGCGAUAAAAAGCAAUCAAAAAUAUCAGGCUGAUGCCAAAAAAGACGUUUAUACAUUGACCAUACAAAAAGGUGACAUGAACGAUCAAGGCGCUUACACAGUGGUAGCUGAAAAUGCGGUUGAUAAAGUACAAGCAACAGCCAAUGUAACAGUUUGUGUUAAACCUAAAAUUGAUAAAUUGGCUGAUGUUGCUGUUAAUAUUGGUGAAAGUGCUCGAUUAGUUUGCCAGUUUUCUGGUACUCCACUACCCACAUUAACUUGGUACAAGGAUGGCCAACCACUUAAAACUGGUGAUCGCUAUACAAUUACUGAAGAGUCAAAUAAUGUGUCUGUGCUGACAGUACGUGACACAGUAAUGGAAGAUAAAGCAGUUUAUUCGGUUAAAGCUGUUAGUAAAGCAGGAGAGGCUGAAGGAAAAGCAACAUUAACAAUAAAACCGAUAAAGCCGGCGAUAACUAAAGAUCUAGAAACCACGUAUGUUGGUACAAAAGGUGAAGAUCUUAUACUGUCUGUAACGGGUACGGGUAAUCCUCAUCCUGAAUGUAAAUGGUUCAAAAACAAUAAUGAGAUGAGCACUGGUGAUGGGCGCAUUUUAUUCAAAGAAGAUCGGAAAACGGGAGAAUAUUCUCUCAUUAUUAAAAAUGCCACACAGGAAGACAUUGCUGAAUAUCAAUGCCAAUUGUCAAAUGUAGCUGGUUUAAUCAAAUCAAAAAAAUCAAAAGUUACAAUUCAGAAAGCUCCACAAUUUAUUAAAAAACCACAACCGGUGACCGUUAAUCAAACGGAACAAGCAAAAAUUGAAUGUCAGAUCGACUCAUUUCCAAUUGCUAAAGUCACCUGGUUGCAAGGUGGCAAACCAUUAUCGGCUAAAGACGGUUUUGAAACAAGUUUUGAUUCCAAGACUGGCAUUGCUACUCUUAUCGCCAAAAACGUCACCACGAAGCAUGCUGGUCCAUUCACUGUUCGUGCAGAAAAUACAGCUGGUACAGCGGAAGAAGCAACAUCCAUCAAUGUUCGUUCAGCACCGGUCGUCGCUAAACCGUUAACGGAUAUUGAAGUUAUGUCCACUCAAGAUGCGACUUUCACCUGUGAAUUUACAGCAUCACCAACAGCAAAUGUCAAAUGGUUUAAAGAUGGAAAACCGAUUGUACCAUCACCAACCAAACAUUUGGUAUCAUUUGAUGAAAAAACUAAUAGUCACAAACUUGUUAUUAAAAAUUCAUCACCACAAGAUGAAGGUAUUUAUAGUGCUCAAGCAACAAACGAUUUGGGUCAAGUUGAAACAAAAGCAAAAUUAAACGUUAAUGUUCCACCAGAAUUUAUUAACGGUUUACAAGAUAAAACAGCGAUAGCUAAGGAGAACACUGAAUUAACGAUUAAAGUGAGUGGCACACCACAACCGACGUUGACUUGGCUCAAACAUGGCAAAGAAAUCAAACCGGAUGAUAAGAAAUAUUCCUUUAUACCAUUGGAUAAAGAUGGAAAUGCGAAAUUGAUCAUCAAAGAUGUACAGGAAGAUGAUCAUGGACAAUAUUCUUGUGUGGCAAAAAAUAAAGCUGGUACCAGUCAAAGUGAUUGCAAUUUAAAAGUAACAGCACCAUUGAAAUUUAUUAAAUUACUGCAAGAUACAGACGUGCUAACUACACAAAAUGCAACGUUUACAUGUGAAGUACAAGGAAUACCUAAAGCGAAUAUUAAAUGGUAUUUCAAUGAUAUUGAGUUAAAAUCGACUCAAAAACAAACGAUUGGAAGCACAGGAAAUGUGCAUACAUUGACAGUCACACGAGCUGAUCAGACCGAUGCUGGAAUCUACAAAGCUGUCGCUGAUAAUGGCACCGGAAAACCUGUAGAAACACAAGCAAAUUUGGUUGUUGGAAGUAAGCCAAAAGUUGAAGGUAAACCAGCUGAUCAAACAGUGAACGUCGAACAACCAGCUGUUUUGGAAUGUACAUUUUCCGGAUUUCCAAAACCUGAUGUUACCUGGUUUAAAGACAAUGUUCCUUUAACUUCCACACCUGAUAAACGCAUUGAAGUGCGUGAAGAUAAACCAAAUGUUCAUUCACUACACAUCAAUCGCUCUCAACUAGAUGAUAAAUCUACUUAUACAUGCAAAGCAAAAAAUCGUUUUGGUGAAACUGAAGCAAAAAUUAACCUCAAUGUCAACUGUAUUAAGCCAACUAUUGUUCAAGAUUUGAAUGAACAGCAAACAGUUGACAAAAACAAACCGUUAGUUUUACAAGCUCAAAUUACCGGCAUACCGACACCAACUGUCAAAUGGUUCAAAGGAAAUGAUGAAAUUCUUCCAACAAAUAAGGAUUAUCAAAUCACAUUUGAUAAUAAGCAAACGUAUACGUUGACUGUGCCAUCAUGUCAACCGGAGCAUCAAGCCGAGUAUUCGUGUCAAGCAACAAAUCCUGGUGGACAAGUCAAGUCGAAGAAAUCCAAAGUCACCGUGCAAAAGGCGCCAGAAUUUAUCAAAAAACCAACGAAUCAAACCGUUAAAGAAGGACAACCGGUGGUUUUCGAUGCUCAGGUAGACGCAUAUCCGCAACCGAAAGUUACCUGGUUACGUGGCGGAAAACCAUUGACACCAGAUCUUGGCUUCGAGAGUCAGUUUGAUGCUAAAACAGGUCAAAUAACAUUGAAACACAAGGCAAACACAACAAAACAAGCUGGUGAACUUGUAUGCAGGGUAGAAAAUGCAGCUGGAACAGUAGAUGCUCAAGUGUCUCUCGAUGUGCAAGCUUUACCUGUUAUUACGAAAAAAUUAGUUGAUCAAGAAGUGAUGGUGAAUAAUGAGAUUCGUUUUGUUGCCGAAGUUACGGGCAGUCCUCAACCAAAAAUAGUAUGGACCAAAGACGAUCAACCUGUCAAACCCGAUGCCACACAUAUCAUUCAAACCGAAGGCAAUUCUCAAAUACUGAUCAUCAAAGAUGCUAAACUUAAUGAUGAAGGAAAAUAUAAAAUUUUGGCUGAAAAUCCAUUAGGACGUGUUGAAAGUCAAGCAGCACUUGCCGUGCUAGAAGAACCGGUAAUCGAUAAACCAUUUGGAGACGUUAUAGCACCGGUGGGUACUGAUGUUCAUUUGACAUGUAAACUUAUUGGUGGUCAACCAAAAGCUCAGUUGACAUGGUUGAAAAACGGAAAAGAAUUCAAGGGAGAUGAUCGUCAUAUCAUAACGAUGCCAGAUGAUAAAAACGGUGGUAAAUGUGAAUUAGUCAUCAAGAAUGUAGAUGAAACGGAUAAUCAAUCAAAAUAUACAUUGGUGGCCAAAAACAAGUGUGGAAAAAAAGAAAUCAAUUCAAAUGUCACAGUGAAAGCACCAUUAGAAUUCACUCAGCCAUUAAAAGAUCAAGAUGUGCUAUCACAAUCUAAUGUGAUUCUUCAAGUAGAAACAAAUGGAAUACCAAAACCAACUGUAAAAUGGUAUUUUAAUGAUCAAGAAUUAAAGAAUACUCCAAAAUCCAAGGUGGAGUCAAAGGGCAAUACACAUACGUUAACAUUAAAUAAAAUUGAUUUACCAGACGAUGGUAUUUACAAAGCAGUAGCCACUAAUCCUGAUGGAACAGUUGAAACAAAAGCGCAUGUAUCUGUUUGCACUAAACCAAAGGUUGAAGGAAAAGUAACGGAUGUGACCACAACCAUAGGCGAAGGUGCUGAACUAAAAACGAAAUUUAGUGCAAUACCAAAACCACAAGUUACCUGGUACAAAGAAAAAGAUAAUACACCGAUUAAACCAAAUGCCAACAUCGAUAUUGUCGAGUUAGACGAUGGUACAUCGAUAUUGAAAUUUAAAACUACUGAUCUUGUCGAUACUGGAGCUUACAUUGCUAAAGCUGUUAAUAAAGUUGGUGAAGUUGAGUCUAAGAUAUCGUUAACCGUCAAAGAAAUAAAACCUACCAUUUUGAAUGAUUUAACAAAUAUUACGGCAAAUCGAGAUGAACCAGCCACAUUUACAUUAAAAGCAACAGGAAACCCUAAACCUCAAUUGAAAUGGUUCAAAAACGACGAAGAAAUUCUUCCAACAAAUAAAGAUUACGAAAUAAUAGCGGAUGCGAAGACAGAUACCUAUUCGCUGAAAGUGAAACAGUGUAAACCAGAACAUCAAGCGGAUUAUUCAGCAGUGCUGACGAAUUCAGGAGCAACGAUAAAAUCAAAAAAAGCAAAAUUAACCGUACAAAAAACGCCUGAAUUUCUUGAAAAACCCACCUCCGUGAAUGUGACUGAAAAUGAAUUGGCGGAAUUUCGUUGUAAAGUCGAUUCAUAUCCUAGUGCUAAGAUAACAUGGUUAUUCGACGGUAAACCAAUAAGUCCAAAAGAUGGUUUCGAAGUACAGACAGAUCAAGCAACGGGUACAUCAGUGUUAGCUAUCAAAAACGCACAACCAAAACAUAUGGGAAAAAUAACAGUGAAAGCUGAAAACCCAACGGGAGCUAUUGAAGAAACUGUACAAUGUUCAGUAAAGACUGCUCCAAAGAUUACAAAGAAACCAACUGAUACAGAGGCGUUACUUCACACUGAUGCCGUAUUCACGAUCGAUGUAACCGGAUCCCCUAAGCCACAAGUGGAAUGGUUUCACGGGGAUAAACCUAUCAAAGCAUCACCAAAAUAUGAAAUCUUAGAAGAUGGUCCAUCAACACACAAACUGAUUAUUCAUGACGUAACACCGGCAGACGAAUUACCAGUAAAAAUUAAAGUAAAAAAUGCACUAGGUGAAACAGAUGCCAAUGUCAACCUCAAAGUACUUGAAACUCCUCGAAUCGAACCACAAUUAACAGAUCAAGAAGUUGUUUUACACCAAACGCUCACCUUGAAGUCUAAUGUAUUUGGUCGUCCAAAAGUCGAUGUUCAAUGGUUGAAAAAUAAUCAACCUUUGCAGCCCAAUGACCGAAUAAAAAUAACUCGUACACCACAAGAUGAAUGCCAGUUGAUUAUAACCGAUGUCAAAGAAGAAGAUUUAGGAGCGUAUACAUUAUCGGUUAAAAAUAAAGUGGCCAAAACUGAUUCAACAGCAAACAUUAAGAUAACAGCACUGAAUGAUUUGGAUGUUGUCCAAGGUUCAAACGGUGUCUUAACAGUCGAUUGUGACGGCAUUCCAAAACCAAAAUUAACCUGGUAUUUCAAUGAUCAAGAAAUCAAAUCAAAUCCAAAAACUCGUGUUGAUACAAAAGGUACAACAAGUACAUUGACCAUAAACAAAGCGGAUUUUCCCGAUAUCGGCACAUAUAAAGUAGUGGCUGACAAUGGAAAAGAACGAAUCGAAACAAAAGCAAAUGUCGAUGUUUGCGUUAAACCAAAAUUAGAUUCGAAACCAGCUGAUGUCACUUGUUUGAUCGAUGAAACAGCUAAACUAUCUGCUAAAUUCUCAGCUGUACCGGCACCAGUAGUUACAUGGCACAAAAAUGACGGUACACAAAUUGUACCUAACGAUCGCAUUCAAAUCACAACCGAUGAAAACGGACUAUCGACAUUGAUUAUUAAAAAGAGUACAACCGGUGACUCGGGUCCGUAUACGGCCAAAGCAACGAAUAAAGUCGGUUCGGUAGAAGCAAAAAUUAAUUUGGCUGUUAAAGAAGUCAAGCCAACCCUUAAAAAUGAUCUUGAACCGCAGACAAUCAAUGUUGGUGAUGAACUCGUUUAUCGUCUUGCUGUUGAUGGUCGUCCUGCUCCUACCGUUAAAUUUUUCAAAGAUGGUGUUGAAGUUGGUCCUGUUCUCAUGGAAGAACGUGAUAAUCAAUUGACAGCUGUUUUCCGUGUACCCAAAGCACAAAUAACUGAUCAAGGAGAAUACCAAGCGUCAGUUGAAAAUCCAGCAGGCGUUGUUAAAACGAAAAAAGCUAAAGUAACCGUACAACAGAUACCUGUUUUCUUGAAAGCACCUGACAAUCAGUCUGUCAGCACGGGUAAAGAGGCGACAUUUGAAGCAAAACUGUCUGGUUUUCCGGUACCAAAAGUCACAUGGCUAUUGAAUGGAAAACCUGUACAACCUAACGCUGAUUUCGCAGUCAAUUUUGAUUCGAAUACUCAAACAGCCACAUUUACAAUCAAGAAAACGGAUGCUGAUAAACAUGCAGGUGUCGUGACCUGUCAAGUUGAAAAUGCAGCGGGUAAAAUUACACAUGAUGUGAAAUUAGACGUGAAACUUGCUCCACAAGUCACUAAACAGUUAAAAGAUGAAAGUGUCAUUAUGGGCCAAGACACUGUUUUGACCGUAGAGUCCAGUGGCAAUCCGACACCUAAACCUCAAUGGUAUUUUAAUGAUAAACCGAUUCCAACGAAUGAUCAACAUUACCAAAUGGUACAAAAAGAUAACGUGUUUGAGUUGAAAAUCAAAGGCGCUAAAUUGACAGAUGAAGGAAAAUUCAAAGUUGUUUUGACAAAUUCAGAAGGAACAACUACAUCAGAAGCAAAAUUGAAUGUACAUGUACCACCAGUUAUCGAUUCAUUACCACCUAAAAUAGAAGCUGUUGCUGGUAAUGAAGUUGUUAUAGCGUGUAAAGUCAGUGGCCAUCCACGACCAGAAAUCACAUUCUUAAAAGAUAAGAAAGAUGUUACAACGUUAGAUGAUAAACAACGUUAUCGCAUCGAACAUGAUGGAGAUAAAGUUCGACUGAUUAUUUCCGAUGUGAAAGAAGAAGACCAAGGCAAAUAUACCGUUCGAGCUAAAAACCCAGCAUCCACAACCGAAGAACAAACUUCAUUGGUUGUAACUGCUCCACUACAAUUUCUUGAUAAACUAAAAGACACUGAUAUUGUUAGUGGUCAAAAUCUGACUCUCACUUGUCGGUGUCAAGGCAUCCCCAAACCCACUAUUCAAUGGUUUCAAAAUGAUAUUGAAAUCAAAUCAUCUACAAAACAAAAAAUCGAAUCUAAACCCGAUGGCACUCAAACUUUAACCGUAAAUCGCGUUGAUCUCACCGAUGGUGGUCAGUUUAAAGUUGUUGCAACAAAUAAAGAUGGUACAACGUCGACUUCAUGUCUUGUCGAUGUUGUUAUGAAACCAAAAAUUGAAUCAAAACCACAAGAUACCAAUGUCGUCAUCGACGAACAAGCGAUACUGUCCGUCAAACUAUCCGGCGUACCGAAGCCCAAGGUAGAAUGGUUGAAAAAUGGUGUCCCAGUUAAUGUCGACAAUAAACGAAUUCAAGCAAUAGAGAAAGAUGAUCAAUAUUCACUAGUCAUCAACAACGCGGUUUUGGACGAUAAAGCAGCUUAUACCUUAAAAGCGACGAAUAAAGCCGGUGAAAUAGAAUCGCCAAAAUUAAAUUUGAACGUCACUGCUAUAUUACCUAAAGUGAAAACGGAUCUACUACCAACAUUGAAUGUUACCAAAGGGGAACCGUUGGUCUUGACUUUGCAAGCAGAUGGAAAACCAAAACCAACAGUGAAAUGGUUCAAAGGUACUGAAGAGAUUGUUCCUAACAAAGACAACGGCAUUGAGUGUGUAGAAGAAGGAGAUAACACGUAUAAAUUGAUUGUAAAAAAAGCAGCAGAAAAGGAUAUUGGAGAAUACAGUGCUGUUAUACAAAAUCCAGGUGGACAAGUCAAGUCAAAAAAGACGAAUGUCACAGUUACAAAAUCUCCUGAAUUUGUUACAAAACCAACGGAUACCACUGUGAAGCAAGGAGAAACUGCCACAGUCAGUUGCCAAGUCGAUGCAUUACCAUUGGCUAAAGUAACGUUACUCAAAGAUGGGAAACCACUCACACCUAAAGAUGGUAUUGAACAAACAUUCGAUCAAGCGACACAACAGCUCGUUUUUACUGUGAAAAAUGCUCGCGUUGAUCAAGCUGGUCAAUUCACCUUAAAAUUAGACAAUUCGGCUGGCGCAACAGAAACCGCGUUUAAACUCAACGUCACAUGUGCUCCUAACAUUACCAAACCAUUGACUGAUCAAGAAUGCUUAUUAGGUAAAGAUGUCAAAUUGACCGUUAAUGCUGCAUCAAGUCCAUUACCCACAAUAAAAUGGUUUAAAAAUAACGUUGAACUUAAAGAUGAUCAGAAACAUGUGAAAUUAGUUAAGGUGAACGAUGAAACAUACGAAUUGAAUUUGUUAAAUGCCACAGUGGAUGAUGAAGCAACGUACAAGUGUGUUGUUAGUAACUCGUUAGGUGAAAAAGAAACACAAGCAAAAUUAACAGUUGUUGAGCCGACAGAUUUAGUUUGCGAUUUCAAAGAUCAAACAAUACAAGUGGGUAAACCAAUUAAACUAGAAUGUCAUGUCAAUGGUAGACCCCAACCAGAAGUAACCUGGACAAAAGAUGGUAAAGAACUAAAACCGUCGGAUCGUAUUGAAAUAACGAAAAAACCUGAUGGUACAUGUACAUUACUCAUUCCUAAUGCCAUACCAGAAGACAAGGGAACAUACAAAGUUAUAUGUAAAAAUAAAUUACAAACAAAAGAAGCUCAAGCACAAUUAAAUGUCACAUCACCAUUGAAAUUUAAUACACCACUAAAAGAUACUGUCGCACAGGCUGGAAAUAGUGUUACAUUAGAAGUCGAAUGUGAAGGAAAUACUUAUAAACUAACGAUACCAAAAGCUGAUAUUAAUGAUACGGGUGUUUAUGAAGUUGUUAUUGAUAAUGGAAUUGAAACGAUCAAUGGAAAGGCUAAAUUAGAUGUUUGUGUUAAACCAAAAGUAGAAGGAAAACCUGCAGACGUCAAUUGUAACAUUGGUGAACCGGCAAAACUACAAUGUAAAAUAAGCGGUACUCCAGCCCCGAAAGUGACAUGGCUAAAGGAUGGUGUCCCGCUUCAACCAUCGGCCAAUGUCACACCUGUUGAAGAAAAUGACACUUAUUCACUUGUAUUCAAAACAACCGAACUUACUGAUAAAGCUUCUUACACAUGCGUUGCCACUAACAUUGGUGGCACAACUGAAGUCAAAAUGAAUUUAAAUGUUAAUCUCAUCAAACCCACAUUAAAGACCGACUUACUCAAAGAUAUUGUUACUACAUCAAGUGAGCCUAUACGACUCACCGUCAAAGCAUCAGGUACAAAACCUAAAGUGCAAUGGUAUAAAGAUGGUGAAGAAAUUACCACUACCGUAGAAGAAGAAUAUGAGGUUAUUGAAGAAGAAGAAACGUAUACAUUGUUGAUCAAACGUCCACAGCCCAAAGAUAGUGGAGAAUAUCAAGCGGUUAUUUCAAACCAAGCUGGACAAUUGAAAUCCAAAAAAAUUAAAGUUACUGUUCAAACACCAGCUGAAUUAAAGAAAAAACCCCAACCUGUAGUGACUGUGAAAGAAGGUGAAACUGCCAUGUUCGAGUGUGAAUUCGAUGGACAUCCAACUCCAAAAGUAACGUGGAUUAAAGACGGUAAACCAGUAAGUCCAAAAGAUGGAUAUGAAGUGAAAACGGAUACAACUACUGGAAAGAGCCAAAUUAUUAUCCCGAAUGCUCACACGAAACACAGUGGUCCAUUGACAGUUAGAUUAGAGAAUCCUGCUGGCCCCGCCGUGGAAGAGACUGUUCAACUGAAUGUUCAAACGGCACCACAAUUACUGCAAAAACCAAAUGCAACAUGUGAAGCUCAUUUGAAUCAAGAUGCAAUUAUUAGCUUUAAAUGUUUGGGAACACCAAAACCCACUGUUCAUUUAUUCAAGAAUGAAGUUGAAAUUAAUGUAGCACAAAAUACUGCCCACUAUGAAAUCGCUCAAACAACCACGGAUACGUACGAAAUCCGCAUAAAAAAUGUUCGCCCGGACGAUGAAGGUCAAUAUAAGAUUAGAAUGCAAAAUUCGCUCGGUCAAGUGGACUCUAAUGUCGUUGUGACUACUGUGGAUGAACCUCGAAUAAAACCAUCUAAAACACCAAUUAAAACUGAUUUAAGAGUUCAUGAUACGUUGAUAAUGGAAUACGUAGUCGAUGGUCGACCAAGACCCGAGUGUGUUUGGAUGAAAGAUGGCAAAGAAGUAAAACCAAAUGCAAAAACACAAAUUACCUAUGAUGAAAAAACAAAUAUUUGUCGAUUGAUGGUGACUGAUGUGACAGAAGUAGAUCAAGGAACUUAUAAUUUAGUGGCGAAAAAUAAAUUGGGAAAAGUAGAGACAGAACCGGUUAAAAUUAAUGUGACAGCUCCACUAGUCUUAAAAUCAAAACUACCAGACACGCUGGAUGGAGUGGUGGGAGAAAAUAUAACGUUGACAGUCGAAUGUGAUGGUGUCCCACAACCAAAAGUCCAAUGGUUCUUCAAAGGUGAACCGCUCAAAUCUUCUCCAAAACAUAAAAUCGAAACCAAAGACGGUAAUAAAGUGAACACCUUGACCAUCUCAAAAUUGGAUGUUAGUGAUAUUGGUCAAUAUUCGGUCGUACUUGAUAAUGGUAUCGAAAAAGUGACAUCACAAUCUACGCUAAAUGUUCAUACCAAACCAAAAUUAGAAUCGAAACUUGAACCAAACAUGACAUUUAAUGUAGGUGAGACAGCGACAAUUCAGAUGAAAGUCAGUGGUGAAAACAAUCACGUUAGUUGGUACAAAGAUUCGAUCGAAAUUAAAGUUAAUCAACGACUUCAUAUAGUUGAAGAAAAUGGGCUUUAUACAUUAACUAUUGAUAACUUAAAGCCUGAAGAUAAGGGCAAUUACACGCUCAAAGUACAAAAUAAAGGUGGUAAUUUGGAAUGUAAUACAAAUGUAAAUGUUAAAGAAGUCAAACCACAACUCUUAGCCGAUUUGAAUGAUUCACCGGCAGCCAAUUCAGCUAAAGUGGGUGAAGAAUUCUUUUUAGAGAUAAAAGCAGGUGGAAAGCCACGUCCACAAGUACAAUGGUUGUUUAACGGUCAAGAAAUACAUACCUCUAUGACAGAGCGUAUAGAAAUUAUUGAAACAGAAGAAACAUAUCGACUUGUGUUUCGUUCGUUUGAUGCACGAUUUGCCGGCGAGUAUCAAGCAAUCAUACAGAAUGGAGGUGGAAUUAUAAAAACAAAAAAGAUUCGAGUCACUGCUCAACAAGCUCCACAAUUCACUCAAGCUUUACCUCAAUUCAUCACAGUUAAAACUGGUGAAAAAUUAACCAUUGAGGUUCGCGCAACUGGACAUCCAACACCAAAAGUUUCAUGGCUUCGUGAUGGUAAAGCACUUUCGAUGAAAGAUGGUUAUGAAAUUAAAGUUGAUCAAACCACCGGGUUUUCAUCCUUGAUCAUCUCAAAUUCAACAAUGAAACAUAGUGGUGUUUAUGAGUGUAAAAUUGAAAAUCAAUAUGGAACACAUACAGCUACGAUUACGAUCGAUGUACUUCCACCAACAAUCACUCAACAAAAAUUACAAGAUUUCGAAAUUUCGCGCGGACAGGAGGUAACAAUAACUGUCACAGCAAAUGGUAGUCCAUUACCUUCGUGUGUCUGGUAUCAUAAUGAUCAACUGUUACAUCCUAAAAAAGAUCGAGUGGUGAUGAUUGAUGACGGACCAAUACAUGUGUUAAAAAUAUUGAAUGCUGAAUUGUCAGAUAAUGGAGUAUACAAGGCUGUUGUAGAAUCACAAAUGGGAAAAACAGAAUUGAUCAGCAAUGUUACUGUCAUGGAUGUUUCUGAUAUUUCUUCUAAACCCGUUGAUAUUAACGUUCAACAAGGUGGUUCAUGUACAAUGGAAUGCACAGCGAAUGGUACACCAUUGCCACCAGUUGUUUGGACAAAAGAUGGUAUAGAAAUUAAAUUAAGUGAUCGUUUAAUAUUGGAAAAUAAUGGAAAUGGUCUACAUCGCUUAUUAUUGAAAAAUGCUCAAGCUGAUGAUGCCGGAAAAUACGUGGCCACAGUUAAACAUAAAAUUCGACAGCAACAAAUGAUAUUCAAUGUGACAAUUUUGAAUCGUGAACAACAAUUAAUACAAAUACAAACUCAGCUACGUCCUCUAUUUCUCCAAUUUGGUCAUCAAGAUAUUCCACACUCAUUAUAUGAACUAUUGUUCAAUACUGCUAAUGAUGCUCGUUUUCAAACACCUCAAGAUCAACUGAUAGAACGUCAACGUCUUCUAACAAAUCUAGCUAACUAUCUAUUUAAUAAUUCACAGCAACAAUUGGGUGGAGGAAAACAACCGUCAAGAUUUAAUUGGCCGGAUGUAAUUAAAAUUAUAUAUCAAAUUCGUUUUCCUCAAAUAGCUUCAACGAAAAUUGAAGAAUAUAAUGAUGGUUAUUUUGUACAAUUAACUGAUGUCAUACGUUAUUCAAAAUAA